AUGGCGGACAGGCAAAGAACAAAGGAACAGGAGGACAUCAGACAUUACUGCGAAACUCAGCAGCUUCCGCAGCUUUUGGCGCUGUUGCUGAAUCGUCUUGCUCAAAAGAAAGAUCCCCACCCGAAGCUUUUCGCCGUAAAGUAUUUUGCAGACCGCGUGUCGGACUCGGAUCUCGGCACAAUCGGAUUAUAUCGGUCAGCACCAACGGGUCAGAAUGCGUCGUGUCCAGCGACGGGGGCAAAAGACUUGGUAGAUGGAGACGAUGUUCGCUUUCAAAACCCGUACCAAGCAGAUAAGCGCUCAUGGAUGAGAAACAACAUUGCCCCUGACGCGUGGCUUCAGCUCGGUGAAGUGCGCACGUCCAAGGGCCUCUCAGCCCUGCAGUGUCUCUUGCCAAAUGAUGAGGACGACAGAGAUGGGAACGAGUUCUCGAUAGACGCCGAUUCUGGCAUCAUUGCGUUGAGCGUGGAGUGUUACGAGUCCUUUCACUUGCUGUUCUCUGAAUUCCUUCGGUUCUCCGAUGCCACUUUGAUGGCGAAAAGUAUCUUUGUGAUCCCUUCAUACCCCCUGGAUGCCAUGAACGAGCGCGUGCCGGCUGUUCUUCCUUCUCUGACGAUGCACUCAUCCCUUCGCAACUUGCUGCUCUGCUUCCAUCGCAACUUCGCAUCUUUCGCAUUUCCUCCUACCAUGACUCUCGCAGAAAGCAAUAAAGUGAUCGAUCGUGUACAAAAAGGCAUCAACAAAUGGCUCAUGACCAAAGUAAACAGUGGUUUUGGGCCUCCGGAUAUAGAGAUGUGCCGAGGCCCGGACCUCUUCCGCCGUCGUGGCCAACUGUUCAGAGCGCUACAAAGUGAGGGAGCGCUCCCAUCUCAAGGCACCUAUUUGGACGGCGUUAACCCUCACCGAGCCACAGCCCUGUGGCUGUCUCCCGACAAAAAGGUUAUAGUCCAGGUUAACUGGAGAAAUCAUCUGAGGAUUGAAGUGAAGAUAUCAAACCCCUUUGAUGCAAGCGAAAUCGUCCAAGGUUUCCAGAGUGCAUAUUCUCUACUGGAUUGCAUGAAGGAAAAAGAAGAAGAGCCGUUCGCAAAACACAAAGACUUCGGCUACCUCACCGUUGAUCCUCUCGAUUGUCGCCUUGGAUUCACGUCAGUAGUGGCAAAAUGUACUAAAUCCGACCAGCUGAGCAUAUGCAGCUGGGAGCAAGAGUCGACCCUUGGUGGAAGAAUCCACCAGUCUUACCAGUUGUAA